AUGUCCGACUCAUUUGAUCAUGUCAAAUUCCUCGAUUUCCACAACUUGACGAAUGAAACAACCGAGGCAUAUACGGCACACUACCAAUACAACAACCAGGUGUUUUCCGUCCUCAUCAGCACUACACCACCUGACGGAUACGACAGUCAAGGGGCGAUCGAGUUUCUGUGGAUCGAACGCUUGUGGGAUUUGUCGUCCCACCAUAGUAACGUCCAUGCGCAGCUCCUGAGGCAAUUGGAUGGUGAACUCGAGAUCGCGAGAGAAAUCCAGGAUGUGGUAUUUCCCAUGUUCGAACAUCUAUCGUCGUCUUCGACACCCACAGCUUCCGAGUCGGACCGGAUUGGAAAUACCGUUGCGGAGUAUCUGUUUCCUCAUCGCAUCAACCUUGAAGUGGUCACGAAGGAAGGAAAGCUGGAGGUUCUUUCUGGUCAUCAUGAGGACCUGGACCGGGCCCGCAUAGCUAUCCCCUGGAGUGCUGUCCGCGAGGCUGGUGUCGAGCCGGGUUCUGAGGUGGUUGGGAAACUUGGACGGAGUAUGGGGGAAUUCCGGGUUUCUAUGAAAAGGGAGAUAGAGAUAUACGGAAAGCUGAAGAAGUUGGAUUUACAUCCCGAGGCCAGGUUCCCUGAGUUCAAAGGUGAGAAACAUCCAAGACCAGCCUUCACAUUCCUACUCUCGCGCUCACUAAUGUGUUUUAUAGGCUUGAUUACGCAUAACGACGACAUCGUUGGCUUCAUCGUCGCCAAGAUACCGACCAAAUACCCAAGCUUGCGUCCCGUCAUCGAUGGCCAAGGGGAGACCGCACUCCCUGCUCUGCCGCUGAGGAUGAAAUGGGCAGCACAGAUCGAGCAGGCCGUAACAGAACUGCACCGCAACGGCUUGGUAUGGGGGGACGCAAAACCUGGCAAUGUUGUUAUUGACACCGACGACAAUGCCUGGGUCCUCGACUUUGGGGGCGGCGGUACAGACGGCUGGAUGGAAGAGUCAACAUACCAAACGGAGGAAGGGGACUUGAAUGCUGUAGCAAAGAUGAAGGAAAUGUUGUUGCGCAGUGACGAUGCCAAGGGGGCAGCAGGGUUGUAA